AUGUCCGAAUCUAUGCUUCAUCAUGCUGGCUUCAAAUUUACUCCUACAAUCCACAAUGACACUUACGACUUCAUCUCGACAAAAUCUCAGAACCUGAAGGGCAAGCGUGUGUUUCUGACUGGCGCCUCAAAGGGCAUCGGUAAGGAGACAGCUCUCUCCUUUGCUCGUGCCGGUGCUUCCAGUAUCGCGCUCGGUGCUCGCAGCUCGCUCUCAGACCUCGCAACCGAGGUUGAGAAGGCGGCCAAGGACGCGGGUCACCCUGCACCCAAGGUCGUCAGCAUCAAGUUGGAUGUAACAGACAGGUCGAGUACCGAGCAAGCAGCCAAGACUGUCAAGAGCGAGUUUGGUGGUCUGGACUUUUUGUUCAACAAUGCCGGAUAUCUUGAAGAGUUCAAGAAAGUGGCAGAGAGCGAUCCUGACGAAUGGUGGAGAACUCAGGAAGUCAACAUCAAGGGUCCUUACCUGGUUGCUCGUGCCUUCAUUCCCCUCCUUCUGGACACCAAGGAUGGUGACAAGACUAUCAUCAAUACCAGCUCUAUCGGCGCUCACAUGAUCAUGACCGGUGCCAGCUCAUACCAAGUCACCAAACUCGCACUGCUGAGACUGGGAGAGUUCAUUUCACAGGAAUAUGCUGACCAAAAAAUUUUGUGUUACGGAAUACACCCGGGAGGUGUAAUGACCGAGCUUGCCGGCCGGAUGCCUGAGUCCUCUCACCACAUGCUGUCUGACAAACCAGAACUAGCUGCUGAUACUGUCGCUUGGCUCGUCAACGAGAAGAGGGAGUGGCUGGCUGGUAGAUAUGUUAGCGUGACAUGGGACAUGAAGGAGUUGCUGGACAAGAAGGACGAGAUCAUUAAGAAGGACUUGUUGAAGGUCCGCAUGUUAGUAGACUAA